GGGUCGGGGGCAGAGUGGGGCCCGCAGCGCGGCGGACAUGGCGUCGCAGCCGCCGCCUCCUAAACCCUGGGAGAACCGGCGGCUGGCGGGUACCGUGGCGCCGGCCUUCCAGUCUGCUGACUUGGGUGAUAACCUGCUGACCAGGCCUGGACAGCCCACAGCCACUCGAAUACCUCCACCUAUUUUGCCAAGACCAUCACAGCAAACAGGAAGCAGUAGUCUGGGCACUUUCAGGCCAGCAUAUACUAGUUCCUUUUCUCCAGGCUAUGGUUCAUAUGGAACCUCUUUUUAUGGAAGCUAUAGUCCUUACAGUUAUGGAUAUGGUGGUUUGGGUUAUAAUCGCUUCCGUGCAGAUGAUAUUCCUCCCAGCAGGUUUGUUCAGCAGGCUGAAGAGAACAGCAGAGGCGCAUUCCAGUCCAUUGAAAGUAUUGUGCACGCCUUUGCCUCUGUCAGCAUGAUGAUGGAUGCUACCUUUUCAGCUGUGUACAACAGUUUCAGAGCUGUGUUGGAUGUAGCCAAUCACUUCUCCCGCCUCAAAGUACACUUCACAAAGGUGUUUUCAGCUUUUGCUUUAGUGAGAACUAUAAGAUAUCUCUACCAACGUUUACAGCGAUUACUAGGUCUGCGGAAGAGCUCUGAGAAUGAGGAUUUGUGGGCUGAAAGUGAGGGGACAGUAGCUCGUGUCGGCCUUGAUGACAAGGCUAACUCGGCAAAAUCCUGGCCCAUUUUCCUGUUCUUUGCUGUUAUCAUGGGAGGUCCCUAUCUGAUUUGGAAGCUGCUUUCUACGUACAGUGAUGAAGAAACAGUAUCCAGUAACUGGGCGAGUGGAGAAGAUGAUCAUGUAGUUGGAAGAGCAGAAUAUGAUUUCAGUGCUCUCUCAGAAGAAGAAAUUUCUUUCCGUGCUGGUGACAUGCUAAAAUUAGCACCCAAAGAGCAACAACCCAAGAUCCGUGGUUGGCUUUUGGCUAGUUAUGAUGGCCAAACAACAGGACUUGUGCCAGCUAAUUACAUUAAAAUCCUGGGCAGAAGAAGAGGUAGGAAAACAGCAGACCUGGAAAGGAUUACAGAGCAACGACCAGCCUUUUCCAGCACAUCUGUUAGAGGAUCCACUGCUGCUGUGACUUUAGAGGAGCAGGAAGCUGCUUUUAAUUCUGCUUUUGCUGAAAGUAAUAAAGUUCCUGUUGCAGCUGACUCCACUGUGGUUAGUGGAGAGAAACAGGAACUCUGAUGCACUUUCAUCAAUAAAGCACCUGAACUGUGCUUUAUUGAUCAUUUUAAAAAAAAAAUCUAGGAUUUGUUGAAAUUCUCUUUGUAGUGCAACACUGAUGGAUCUGUACCAGUUAUUGUUGCUACUGACUGGUGAAGGGAUGGAUAAAUGAUUGCUCAAAUUUGUAGUAUUUAUUUUUGACUCAUCUAAGGCUGUACAUUAGUGAUUCUACCCAACCACCUGGUGGCAACUUAGUUCUUGAGACAGGAGUAUUGAGACAUUUAUAACAAAUCAACAGAAAAAUGAAGUAGGCACUGCUGGCCUAUUCUUGUUGAGACAAGCUGUUGGUAAAUGAUAAUAAUACCCAGUGUUCACUGAAAUGUCAUUUUGACAAGAGGCCUCUUCCAAUAUAUGUGCAAAGGGUAUGAUGCCCUCCAAUAGUAGAUAAUGAAGUAAUAGUAACAGUGCAUUGUUUCCCUCUGAAAGGAGGGAGAAUUGCAAGAGAUUUAGGUGACACAAUAGAAUGAUUGGAAGUUGGAAAUUCCUUGCUUUUCCUAAGAAGCAGGGCUGUUGUCAUAUAGACCUGAGCCCUUAGGAAAAAAGGAUUUGUGAGAAAGGGAGAAGUAAAGUUUACAAAGAGCAAUGAGGCUUCAGCAGUAGCUCCAAACAAUUCUGUUUUCUUUAUUGAACAUUAAAAUAAAGGGUAUCCUGCAGUCAGGCACUUUCCAGCACAUUUAGUUGUUGUUACUCCCUUCUGACUUUGCAUCAAUCCUAGCCAUUAUGUGUUGUAACCUCUAAACUGCCUAUCAAUAAUCUUAUUAACUACCAUCAGCAUCUCAAUUUAUCUUUGUUCUUUAUUGUUUUUAUAUGAAUGUCAAAAUAUCUAUCCUGCCUUUUAAUGCAAUAGGAAAGCAUUGGAUUGGGGUCAAAUUUAAUGUAAUCCCAGUGGCAAAUGUAAUACUACUCACUUAACUUGUCUCAGUUAACUAAGGUGGUGGAGU